AUGGGAUCAUUAUCUACGGAAGCAGGGUGCCAAGCCAUCCGUGAAGCUUGGAAUUGCACCUCGUUGGAAAAGGCAGAAAGCUUCUUGACUACUCAAGGUUCCAGUGCACCGCUAGAGCUGGAGAACUUUGUCUCCAACAAGUUCAAUCCUUCCACGCAACAUUUGGACGCGAUCAACCCGAAAACAGGCAAAGUCUUUGCAAGAGUGCCCGUCAGCAGUGCGCAAGAAGUGGACGAGGCUGUCAAGAAUGCUACCGAUGCGUUCAAGUCAUGGAGCAAGACAACUGUUGCAGUCAGAUCAAAGUAUCUACAAAAAAUUGCGCAGCUUAUCCAGGAAAACCAUGAGCUGUUUGCAGUGUGGGAGAGCCUUGACCAAGGCAAGACUCUAGCACGUGCGAGGGUGGAAGUUGACCGCGCCAUCUCAAACUUCAACUACUUUUCUACCUUUAUUUUGCAUCAAGAAACUGCUGCGAGAAUGAUUGAUGGCGUCGCAUUGACCUAUGAGCACCGUUCUCCUGCAGGAGUCUUUGCCCUCAUUUCGCCAUGGAAUAUGCCCUUGUACCUAUUGACGUGGAAGAUUGCACCAUGCCUGGCUUUUGGAUGCACUGCCGUGGCAAAGCCGUCCGAAGUCACAUCCAUGUCGGCUUUUCUUCUAUGUGAGGUGUUUCGCCAAUCCGGGUUGCCGUCAGGCGUCAUGAAUGUUGUGUUUGGCGAUGGUCCGACUACGGGAUCAGCAUUGGUGCGGUCUCCGUUGGUCAAGGGCGUGAGCUUUACAGGUGGAACCGCCACCGGUAUACAGAUCAGGAAAGACACUGCGGACCAGAUAUACAAGCAUUUGUCACUUGAACUUGGUGGCAAGAACCCGACACUUGUGUUUGACGACGUUGAUCUUACAAAAGCAGUCGAGACGGCAGCCAUGGCGGCCUUUGAGAAUCAGGGCGAGAUCUGCCUGUGUGGCUCCCGCAUCUAUGUACAAUCAAGCAUCUAUGACCGGUUUGUCUCGACGUUUACUUCCUACGUACAAGACAAUUAUAAAAGAGGAGGCAGGAUGGGAGCGGUGGUAUCAUUGCCCCAUUAUCGAAAGAUUCGAUCGUAUCUCGAGCUUGCUGCUUCAGAGGAAGCGCAGUUUGUGAUUGGAGAAAUUCCAGCUGCUGAUCCUCAAGAUGGCCUCUGGAUUGACCCAGUCAUACUUACUGGCGUCUCCACGUCUUCUAGAGUCAUGAGAGAAGAAAUCUUUGGACCCGUGGUGACUAUUGCCAAGUUUGAAACCGAAGAGGAAGCCGUCGAGCUUGCCAACGACAAUCCAAACGGACUGGCAGCUGUAUUGCUGACAAAAGAUGGUGCCAGGAUAAGGAGAGUGGGUGAACAGAUCGAGGCAGGCUUGGUGUGGGUCAAUUGCUGGCUCGUCAGAGAACUUGGAACCCCUUUCGGUGGCAUGAAGAACUCGGGCACGGGAAGAGAAGGUGGCGAAUAUAGCCGUGAUGUCUUCACAGUGGUCAGGACAUUGCAUAUUCCGAUGUAA